CGCUGUGAGUGCUUUGCUGUCGCCAGCGCCUGCUGCUGCCCUGCUUCGCAUCCCCAGGGGGGUGUAGCCCGUCGGACGGCCAUGCAGGGGACCGACCAUCGUGCGGAGCGGCCAGCAGCCAGCGUGGUGCAACGAUUAUCCGGCGUGAAGCCGCCACGGUUCGUCCUGCGCCUGGCUAGCAGCAACUGGCCACACGAUCGGGCUGUCGUCGAUGCCUGCGUGUGUGUUCAUCAGGCUGCUAGGCGGUAGGCGGACAGCAGCGGUUUAUGGGAGGCUUCCACCUGCAGAGGCCACCACCUCCCUGGGUGCUGUUGCAGCUUUGCCUCCUCCACCAUGGCGACGGACAGUGGCGUCUCCUCCAACGGACUUGCGUCCCAUCCAUUGUCAGAGCCACCGCUCAGCCUGCCGGGUAGCAGGAAAGGCAGCGGGGAAGAUGUCCUGACCGCUUCAGGUGCUGCAGGGUCACCCUGCGGACCACUGGUUAGUCCGGUAGCCUGCCAGAGCUCAAGCCCAAAUGGGGAUUUACGCGAUCCAGAAGACACCACCAUUAAGGUUGCAGACGACGGCUUGGUUGCACUAGUUCCAAGCUGCGGUGACCUGCGCAGUUCAGAAGCUUCGAGAAUUGCACCCAAGUCGACAGAAUGCAGUGUUGCGCAGCUGUCUCCUAAAUGUGUGACUCCUCCUGCAAGUCCAGGUUUACCCACUUCAUCAAUGCUUGAAGAACCUAGUUCCAGACUGCAAGCUCCAGACAGCUCUGCAACAACAAUGGUUGAUUCGCCGAAGGGGGAUGAGGUAAGGGUUGCCACUGAUGCGGCAGACUGUGUCUCGAGACCCGUCCAUGAGUGUUCUCCAGCGUCGGCAAUGACAACCUCGUUGAGCAAUGGGAUUCUACCCGAGGCAGGUGGCGCUGCUGUCUCGGAAAUGCGGAGCACUGCUGGCUCCGAAACUAAAGUGGAGUCUCCCAGCAGGAACCACAUUUUUGAACCACUGCAAAACGGCAACUUGCCAGAACAGCUCCCAAGUGGUGGCUCUCCACGGCACACUCAGGACAGAGGACUUCAAGAGUCGGCCAAUGUACAAAGGACGACUUCUCCCGAGUCGCCAAGAGAAAACGGCACGCGAUCGCCGUGCUGCAACGGGAGGGAGGAAGUGCGGACACUGGUCACCAGCCAAGCCGUUGUUGGGAGUAGUCCGAGGGCUCGGGGUUGUGAGCCAUCACCGGAUGCAGGGUCAGAGACCACUGGAAAGAAGCACUGUGCUGCUGUGCCCAAUGGGGAUGUGGGCUUGAGGUGUGUCCGAGACAGUGCUGGCAUCGGCUGUGACAGGACUGUGCUUCCAGCCUCAGCUGCCCUUCCGGAAGUGAGGAGGCGCAGUGCUUCGGACGGGGCAGUUAAGGAGAACGGCUGGGCACAAAGGGGUCGGUCUAGCCACUCGGAGUGCAACGGUCUAGAUCGGCGCACCAUUGUGCUGAGCAGCAGCAGUGGUAGCAGCAGUGGCUCCACUGAGGGGCCCGACAGUCCCUUGCCCGGAGAGACCCUUGGCUCUGGUGUCCGAUGGAGCGGUGGGGGACGCAGUGUCUCCGAGGUCAAGGAGCUCGCUUACGCCCGCCUGCAGGCAGAGCUGUCACGUGCGCAGCAGGAGCUGCGCCUCCGCGACGAGGAAGUGGCUCGGCUGAGCCAGAUCCGAGACCAGGUGGGCGCCGAGCUGGAGGAACUCACCGCUAGCCUAUUUGAGGAGGCAAACAACAUGGUGCGGGAGGCCAACAUGAAGCAGGCAGGAGCUGAGAAGCGGCUCCAGGAAGCUACUCUGAAGGUGGAAGUGUUGCAAGCGGAAGUGAGCGCCCUGAAGGCGCUUGUUCUCACUUCCACACCCAGCCGGCCCAACACGCACCUUCACCCACAGCUCAGUCGGCACCGGCACCGGCGGUCGCCCUCCAACUACGAGCUGGCCACGUGUCGGCCACCUUCCCCGCCCAGCCAGCAGGUGUCCCAACAGCAACAGCAGCAGCAGCAGGGCCAGUCCCAAUCAGGCCAGGCUGGCAGCGAUGGAACGAGCCCUGACCUCUCGGAGGUGGACCCAGUGUGCCAUCGGGAGUUCCUCCGGUGGCAGGAGAAGCCAACCGUGUCGGACCGGCAGGACAUGUUUGUGUCGCGACUGUACCGGGAGGAUGUGCUGCCCUGCCUGCACUUUCCCAACUGCCAGCUGGCUGCACAAGUGCUUCGUGCUAUCGAGGAGAACAGCAUCACCAUCGAGGCAGUCAACGCGGCCAACCCCUUUCCCAGGCGCUGUUCCUUGCUGGAGGCACCCCGUGUUUGCCAGUACCGCAUGCGGCUAGGUGACUCGGGCUCUGCCUGGUACCACAUCUCGCAGCUGUGCCGAAACCGGAUAACAUCAGUGUGUGACCUCUUCUGCUACCUACGCUACAUACAGCAGGGCCUGGUUCGCAGCAGCCUGCAGGAGAUGUACUGGGAGGUGAUGCGACGACGGCGCUCCAUCGCCCUGGCACGCCUGGGCCUGCCACCCUGUUGAGGUUGCAGCGCAGCUGCGUUUCCCAAGUGCUGUAUAUAGGACCCGGUUUUUAGAGACUCCUGCAAACCCUGUACAUAUGUGUCUGCGCGUGUUGCCACCGGAUAACUCUGGGUGGCGCCCUCUGCUGUGACUCUUAGGCGUUUUGACCGGUGGCGGACGAGCACGGCGUUAUUCCUCUUGCUCGUCUGCACACGUGCUUGAUGUGUAUUUGCUUGCGUGUACAUAUAUGGAUGUGUGUGUGUAUUGGCA